CUUCUCUCCCAUAAAACAAAAAAACAGCAAGGUUCAACCAUUGACGUCCGCAUCCCUGUUCUGUUUGCUCCCUCCGUCGUCGCAUCCGUGUCGUCAGCGGUUUGGUCAAGCUUAACGCGAGAUAAACCACAAAACACCUUCGUCGCAACACCAAAAGUUACUUAUUCCAACUUUCUUACUCCCAACAAACCCAGUGGAAACAUUACUUCACCACCGAAUAUUCUAUUUAAUCUUUAAUCUUCCCUACCUGGAGAACAGUUUGACUGCAAAGAUUUGUUCAUAAUAAACUUGAAUAGUCGUCCACAGUCCAUAGACCACCGCGACGCUCCAAACGCGUCUCCAAUUCACCAAAUCUUCACUGGAGUGAGCUCGACACUCUCGAGCGUAUACGCCGAGCAAUGGCCCAAUUCCUUGAUCGGUACCGCAUUAUUGAAGCCCAAAAAGAAGACUCUGUCAGUUUUAUAAAGGAUCUACUUGUCUACAUUGAUAAACUCGAAAACGACCUCCGCGGCGAGAACGAUCGCCUUUUGAAAGAGCUAGAAGAUGCACAGCUUGACUUGGACGAUGCCAGACGUAGUCGUAGGGAGAUGCAGCAGCAGUUGACUGUUACAAGCCAGCGACUGGGACAAUAUAAUACCGAUAAUGAAUUUCUGAAGCACCGAAAUCCCUACAUAAUUGUGUUAAUUGACGGUGAUGGUACCAUUUUCCACGAAGAAUAUAUACGACAAGGUCUUGAAGGCGGUAAAAAGGCAGCCAAUGCCCUCCGAAACGCCGCUCUGGAACAAUGCCCCAAUAUAUCCGACGACGUCGAAGUUAUAGCUAAAAUCUUUGCGAACGUUUCUGGCCUGGCUAAAGCUAUGGGGCGCGUUGGCGUACUGGAUAAUCCUCAGGAUCUGCGCGAGUUCACGUUAGGCUUUACGCAGGGCAAGGCCUCGUUUGACUUUAUUGAUGUUGGCCAUGGCACGGAGAGGGCGGAUUCAAAGAUUAGAGAGGCCACAAGAUGGAAUAUUCGAAACCACAACUGCAAACAAAUCCUCCUCGGCGUCUCGCACGACGCCGGCUACGCCCCCUUCCUCGACGAAGUCCUGCGCGACGAAUCCACCACCCGCCGCGUCUCCAUUAUCGAGGGAACCCCCAUCGUUCGCGAGCUCGCCGCCACUGGCACCCGCGUCCUAAACUUUGACCAUAUAUUCCGCAACGAUAAGCUCAUCGAGCGCCAAUCCCCCUAUAGCCAAUUCCAGCAGCUGUCCCACGGCCUGCCCCCGGCGCAGCUCCAAGCCAUAGUCAACGGCCGCAAUCAGAGCCCUACGCCACCAAAUACCUGGGCCGGCGUUACUAGCAUCCCCCUUACAACUCCUCCUCCCAUGGUUUUCCCCGUGACUCUCAAGAACGGCACCUCUGGCGCCUUCGCAGCCGCAGCUGUCAACGUCGUCACGCCCCAUCCCAAACUCGACGACUGGGUGCCUGGAGACCGCGGUUUGGAUCCGACUCUCACCAUCUCCGCCGUCGUCCUGGAGCGCACCAAGCGCCGCGCCGGAAACACAAAGCUAUGCAAUAACCACUACCUCCGCGGCCCGUGCCCCAAGGGCGACGAAUGCGUCUUCGAGCACAGGCACAAAGCUAGCGAAGAGGAGCUCAAAGCCAUCGCCUACCUAACCCGGUUGAACCCUUGCGUGAAUGGCCAGGACUGCGAUGUCGAGUACUGCAUCUACGGACAUCAUUGUCCGAGCGUCGGGCUGAAUCUCGCGGCUGUGGGGGGGAAUGGGAAGGGUGAGGAGGGGGUUUGUGCGGCGUUUGGGUGUCGGUUUGGGGCUGAUGGGCAUCCGCUGGGGACGGUUAUAAGACAUCCGAAGAAGUGGGAUAAGGAGUAUUAUUAGGCUCUCUCUCUCCCUCUUGUGGGGGAGGGGGGGUUACAACCAACACAGCAAACAGCAAUGGGUGUGGGGAGAUAGAUGUUUAAGUUUAAUUUUAGUUUAUUUAUGUGCUGAGGCAAGGCACCUGACAUGUUUGAUUGAUGGUCGGGAUAUUUGGGUGGGAGGCCUCCCAAGGGACAAACAGAUUGAGCAUUUGCUGAGGGUGGUGGACAUAUCUUGAUCGAAGAGAGAUUUGAAGGAGACGCGGAGGAUACUUUAUUCUCAGAUCGAGAGGACGGGCUGGAAGGGGGAACCAAACUCGAUCGAUAUGUUUGUCAUCCCAACGAAUGGGAUAUUACAUUACUUCGUACUUUAAAACGCUGAGCUUAGCUAGUUAAAAAAAUGUCAAGAGCUACAAACGAUGCCCAGC